AUGGCAAGUAUCAAUGCUUCGCGAUCAUCUGCCCGGCAGUUGGUCUGGCUGGUCACCGGCUGCUCUUCUGGCCUAGGUCAGCAAAUCGCGCUAGCCAUCCUUGCCCAUGAUGAUUGUGUCAUUGCUACCGCCCGCCAGCUCACUGAUCUCGAAUACUUGAAUACAAUAGAAGGUGGCAGAGAGCGAGCUUACUGUACGUCACUAGACGUGACCAAUCCUUGCGAUCGUAUUCAUGAGCAGUUAAAGAAAGCCAUUGCUUACUUUGGUCGAGUUGAUGUUCUUGUCAACAACGCUGGCUUCGUCGUCUCGGGAGUGUGGGAAGAAGUUAGUGAUGCAGAAGUACGCCAGCAAUUCGAAACUAAUUUCUUCGGGACCAUGAAGGUGACACGCUGUGUGCUUCCAUACAUGCGUAACGCUAGAUCUGGAGUUAUCCUUUUUAUGGGAAGCAUUGCAGGAUGGCAUGGAGUAGGCGCUGGAGGGCCAUAUAGCGCUUCAAAGUUUGCAAUCGAAGGUGCUGCCGAGAGUUUAUCGAAGGAAGUAUCACAUCUUGGUAUUCGAACACAUGUUCUGGUUCUGGGCCAAUUUCGAACAAAUAUAUUGGAAGAGUCACGAAAAUGCGGCACUGUGGAUUUGAUAGGCAUUCAAGAAUACGAUGCAAUUAAGGCCGAGAUGGUUGUCAGGCAUAAGAAGACUCACGGUAAACAGCCUGGAGAUCCAAAAGCCGCAGCAGAACGUGUACUCGACAUUGCGCGACUGGAGAACCUGAGCGAAAAAGAGAGAAUAGGUCUUGGUCUUCGAGUUCCACUAGGGUCAGAUGCUAUUGAUGUCAUACAGUUGAAAUGCAGUAAGACUCUUGACUCCCUGGAAAAAUGGGUAGAUUUUGCACACAGUACAGACUUUCCUAUCUCUGAGCAUUUGCCUAGCUAUGCAAUGUAG